AUGCGUGGCAACCGGACAGGUUCCCGAAACGUUGCCGCGCAUGGUGAUGUGACCUGUUGUCACCUGUCCAGUGAGCCUAUUGGUGAGUACCUUAGCCAGCCAGGAGACCUGCUGAUUGGAGGCACCUUCACGGUUCAUAUGGAGAGAAGCUAUACUGAAACCAAAUUUACCAGACAACCAGAAGUCCUCAAAUGCCAGUUCCUUGACCCUCAAAAAUUCCAGAGAAUGCAAGCCAUGAUAUUUGCCAUAGAAGAGAUCAACAAGAACCCAGACCUUCUUCCCAAUAUAACCCUGGGCUACUGGAUCCUUGACUCUUGUUCUGUAAUCAUACGGGCCGCAGGAGGAACACUGUGGAUUUUAUCUGGCGGAAAAGAAAGUGUUCCAAAUUAUCGGUGUGAAGGAAAAGGAACGUUUGCUGGUAUUGUUGGUGAUUCUGGGUCCGCAGGCUCCAUCAUAAUGGCCCAAAUCUUAGGACUUUACAGAUAUCCACAGAUAAGUUAUUUCGCAACCAGCCCAACUCUCAGCAAUAGAAACAUGUUUCCAUCUUUCUUUCGCACCGUACCUAGCGAUGCAUUUCAGUCCCAAGGACUUGCUAAGCUAAUCUUGUACUUUGGAUGGUCAUGGGUUGGGUUUGUAGCCAGUGAUAAUUACUAUGGACAAAUGGGUCUCCAGGUGGUCAAGCAAGAAUUCAUAAAUGCUGGUACUUGUGAAGCCUUCACGGAGACAAUCAUGACCAGUCAGGCCAACAGAAAUGCUCCUCACAUUGUCAAAGUAAUCAAGAACUCGACAGUUAAGGUUGUGGUAGUGGUGUCCUCUAACGUGGAUUUUCUGCCUGUUGUAGAAGAGUUAACAAGACAGAAUGUGACUGGUAGAAUCUGGAUAGCUAGUGAAUCGUGGUCAACCUCUGCUCUUCUUUCUAAAGCAAAGUAUCGGCAAGUCUUGGUGGGCACUGUUGGGUUUGCUGUCCAUGGAGGACAGAUGCCAGGAUUCAUGGAUUACCUUCACAGCUUACACCCAUCAAAAGCUCCCAAUGAUUCUUUCAUAGUGGAGUUGUGGGAGCAAAUAUUUUCAUGCAGAUGGACCAACUACCAGAAUGUAGGUGGUGGGACAAAUAACAAAACUACACAUGACUGCACCGGAGAAGAAAAUCUGGCGAAAGCAAACAUGAAGGGUGAUCUAGGAGUACCUUUUAAUGUAUACACUUCAGUUUAUGCGUUUGCAUGGGCCUUUCACAGUCUGCUUCACUGCCAGCCAGGAAAAGGCCCAUUUCAUAAUGGAUGCUCAAACAUGUUGUCAUUUUACCCUUGGCAACUCCUUCAUUAUAUUAAAACAACAAGGUUUCAGACCAAAGACAAGACACACAUAUUUUUUGAUGACAAUGGGGAUCCUCCAGCCCUUUAUGAUAUUGUGAAUUGGCAGAUAAGCUCUACUGGCUCCUUGGAGCAGGCGGUGGUAGGAAAAUAUGACUCUAGCUCUACAGAUGGGAAGAUCAUGAGUAUAGACAGUGCGGCCAUUGUAUGGGAUGAUAAUGAUACCAAGGUUCCACCAUCAAAGUGCAGCUCUAGCUGUCCACCAGGAUUUAUGAAGGUGGCCAUCCCUGGAAAGCCCAUCUGCUGUUUCCAGUGUUUGCCGUGUCCUCAGGGAGAGAUUUCCAAUGAAACAGAUGCUGUCAGGUGCCACCCUUGCCCCUGGAAUAUGUGCUCCAACCUUCACCAAGAUGCAUGCAUGCCAAGGGUCACUGAGUUCCUCUCCUACAGUGAAGUAAUUGGCAUUAUCUUGGCUACCAUUGCCAUAGUUUCCUCUGCUGUCCCACUUGGAAUCCUUGGAGUUUUUAUUCAUUACAGGACCACACCAAUAGUGCGAGCCAACAACUGGUCUCUCAGCUGUCUUCUGCUCAUAUCUUUGUGCCUCUGCUUCCUUUGCUCAUUGGCAUUCAUAGGACAACCACAACCAGAAAAGUGCCUUCUCCGCCAAGUUACAUUUGGUUUGGCCUUUUCACUGUGUAUCUCUUGUGUUCUAGCCAAAACUAUUACAGUUGUCAUUGCCUUCAAAGCCACCAAGCCUGGAACCCAGUUCAGAAAAUUUACAGGGAUAAGAAUGUCCUAUUCACUCAUUGCCCUUUGUGUACUAAUCCAAGUAUCCAUCUGCGUGGCUUGGCUUUCUUCCUCGCCUCCUUUUCCCGAGUAUGACACUCACACUCAGGCAAAAAUGAUUAUCUUUAUUUGCAAUGAAGGUUCUCCUGUUGCAUUUUGGUCCAUGCUGGGAUAUCUCGGACUCCUAGCCACCAUCAGUUUCAUCAUCGCAUUCUUGGCCAGAAGAUUACCUGACAGCUACAAUGAGGCCAAGUUCAUCACCUUCAGCAUGCUGGCCUUCCUCAGUGUCUGGAUAUCCUACAUUCCGGCCUCUCUCAGCUCACAAGGGAAGUACAUUGUGGCCACAGAGAUCUUUGCCAUCUUAUCCUCCAGCUGGGCUCUAGUUUUUUGUAUUUUCCUGCCGAAAUGUUUCAUCAUAUUGUUUCGACCAGAUAUGAACUCUAAAGAACAUCUGAUGAGGAAAAAUCAAAAUGUAGACAUCUUUUAUGGGACUACAGUAAGGUGA